CAAGUAGCGGCAAGCGCGCUCCUGCCUCUGGCUUUUCCAUCGAGGAGGAGGAGGAAGGCAGGGUUUCUUCCUAGCGCUGCUUCAGCUUCGCCCUGCGCUUUGGAUUUACCUCCUCAGAGAAACCCCGUGGGAGAGAGCCCUUCCUUUCGGCAGCCCCGCGCCCUGCUGGAUCCUUCUUCCCCGCUCGUCGUCCCUGGAGUGAUGAGUUUCCAAAGCGGGGGUCGCUGCUGUCGCAGACCUCCCGGGGAAGGCUUGGCUCCCACCCGACACCUUGGGAGUGGGAUGUGAGCGUUUUGCGAGCGAGCUUCCCUGCAGCCAAGACAGGAGCCGCUCGGGGUGUCUUGCGCAUGUGGCCCUCCAGCGCUUCCCUCCGCGGACGAGAGAAGGUGGGCUCCGCGGGCCAAUGUCCCCGGCGUUUGGGCCAAAGCAGUAGGUACAGCAAAAUGAAGAAACCUGAGAAGAUGUUGAAGCAACCCAAUUGGGGGGCACUGUCCAUGGUGCUGAUUCUCUCUCUGGGGCUUCCAGAAGUCUCCCGUGCAUGUCCUCGUCCAUGUGCCUGCUAUGUUCCCACUGAAGUUCACUGCACAUUUCGGUCCUUAUCAGCUGUGCCAACAAGCAUUUCUAAGCAUGUGGAACGAAUCAAUCUAGGGUUUAACAGUAUCCAGGCUAUAUCUGAAAAUUCAUUUUCAGGACUUGCAAAAUUGGAAUUGCUCAUGCUUCAUGGAAACGACAUCCAAAAUAUACCUAAUGGUGCCUUAAAAGAUCUGACAUCAUUACAGGUCUUCAAGAUAAGUUACAACAAGCUGCAAGUUGUAACUGGUCAGACUCUCCAAGGGCUUUCCAGUAUAAUGAGAUUGCACAUGGACCACAACCGCAUAGAAUUCAUCCACCCAAAUGCUUUUAAUGGAUUAACCUCCCUUCGACUUCUCCAUUUGGAAGGAAACUUGCUUCAGCAAAUUCAUCCCAACACAUUUUCUACUUUUUUGGUCCUUGAUUACUUCAGGCUAUCAACAAUAAAGCAUCUCUACUUGUCUGAAAAUGCCCUCAGAACACUGCCUAAGAGCAUUUUCCAAAAAUUGCCACUUCUAGAGAAUCUCUACCUUCAUGGGAACCCCUGGUCUUGUGACUGUAGGUUGAAAUGGCUUCUUGACUGGAAUGAGAACUCUACAGGUGUCCUCAAGUGUAAAAAAGACAAAGCCUAUGAAGAAGGCCAACUUUGCCCUAAGUGCACUUUCCCAAAACAUUUCCAGAAACAAGACAUUCAAAAUGUAAAAGAUAUUUCCUGCACAAAGCCCAUCAUACAAUCUCCUCUGAAACAGAGUAUCAGCUUCAAGGAAGAAGAGGAAGAAGAAGAUGACAAUUUUGAGCUUCCUAUGGAAGAAUUUCAGCUGUCUCCUUGGAACAUAACCUUGAACCUAACUGAUGAGCAUGGAAACUUAGUGAAUCUGAACUGUGAAAUCAAAAAACCAACAGACUCUACCAAAAUCCAGUGGAACCAGAUCUCUCCUCGGGAAAUUGAGAUUAAUGCUACAAUUUCCCUGGAUUUAGAAUGCCUCAUGAGCCGAGACAAUUAUGAAAAAUUGUGGAAGCUUAUUGCUUAUUACAGUGAAGUGCCUGUCAAGUUAGAAAGGGAGCAUGUGCUGAGCCAUGAACCAAAGUUAAGCUAUCAUUACAAGCAAGGUUCUGAUUAUGAUGCCCUUUACUACACAGGUGUUAAAGGAAGGAUCCUUGCUGAGCCUGCCUGGGUGAUGCAACCAUUGAUACACAUUCAAUUAAACAGACGCCAAAGUACAGGGACAAAAGUGGUGCUCUCCUUUUCUACCAGAGUUUCUCAAACACUUCAGACCCAACAAAACAGACAGCAGAGAAACAGCUGGGUCAUGAUAGAGCAAGACGAACAUACAAGGGUUGCUCAGAGUGUAGUAAAAGGAUCUGAUGCUCAACUGAGUUGCAAUGUCAAAGCAUCAGAAAGCCCUUCUAUCAAAUGGAUGCUUCCAGAUGGGACUAAACUGAAGGCUCCAUUCAAAAUGGAAGACAGCAGGUAUUCUGUCCUCAGCAGUGGUCAGUUAGUUAUCAGAUCAGUGACCUAUGCUGAUUCAGGUAUAUACCACUGUGUUGCUCAAGUGAGAAAUGAUGUAGACACAAUGUCCUACAGAAUUCAGGUACAGCCUCCAGUCAUUCAACCAGCUGACUCUGAGACAACAAAAGUAGAAAAACAUGUGGGGGAUCCCAUACUUUUGCCUUGUAGUGCAAUUGCAAUACCAGAUGCAUAUCUAAGUUGGAUACUCCCAGACGGCCAUGUUCUUUAUGAUUUAUCAAACUCAUCCAAUGCAUACCUGUUACACAAUGGCACACUGUUAAUUCCUCACAGCCAUAUCAAGGACAGUGGCUACUACAGGUGUGUGGCUAUUAAUCAACGAGGAUCAGACCAAUUCUCUGUUAAAGUAUCAGUAAAAAAAAUAGUAUCUGAUAGAUCUCCAAAAAGGGAAAAAUUUAAAAUGCACCCUGGUUCAAGGAUCUCUGUAAAAGCAAGGGAGAAGACCAUAGAAGAUGCUGAGGGAUCAGGUGAAGAAUCUGAUGAGACUCUAAGCAAAAGAAUCCAUCUGAAGGAUCAUGAAGUAUCCCUUAAACAAAAAAAUGACAAUAUUUCUCCUGCCCAAAUUAAAAAGAAUAAAAAAGGAAAACGCAAAAUGAAAUUAUGGAAAGGCAUGGACAGGACGGAAGAAAUAAAUGUUGCAGAGGGCCGUAGGGUAUUUGAGUCCAGAAGGAGAAUAAAUAUGGCAAACAAACAGAUUAAUCCACAACAUUGGGCCAAUAUUUUGGCAAAAGUCCGUGGGAAAAAUCUUUCUAGACCAACAGAAGCAGCAGUUCCUUCUUUAAGGACAGCUACAGAGACUCCAAUGGUACAUCAAACCUCCAAAAUUUCUCCUCCUCCAAUUGCCAGUCCCCCACUAAACAGUGCUGUAGAAGUAAAUGAAGAUGAGUCAUCUGCAGAUAUGCCACAUUUGAGUGAGGCAGAACUAUUUUCAGUCACUUUUUUUCCCAACUUGAAUUCUCAGGAUAAUCAUCAAGAACAAACACAUUCUCAAACAGCGAGUACCAUGUCCUCUGUAGAAUAUGAACCUUCCAGCACUGCAGAAAAUCAGUACAGGUUGGAAACAUUUGUCACAAAGGAUACUCGGUUCUCUCCAAAUGGACAGACCCAGACCUGGGAUCACAAUGAAGUGAACACAGAUCAGGUGGAAUCAGCAGAACUGGAAAACAUAGAUACUUUCACCCAAGAGUCCUCAUAUGAACAAAUAAUAACCAGUUUACCUUAUAUUCAAAUCCCUUUGGUAACAAUGGACAGUGGACAUUCACCAGUGACUCCUUCCCAUGGAAAUGCCCAUUUUUCUGAAGGUUCAGAAACAUAUUUCCAGCAAAAAAAUAUAAAUGAACUAGAUAAUGCUGCAAUCUCAAUGCAGUCUCCAGUUGAUAUUAAUGUUAAAGCUGCCACUCCUUUUCUUACUUCUGCCUCUCCAAUGGUAGAGUCUGUUCUUGAAGAGGCGAGUAAAAAUUUCUUCAAGCAAGUAAGAAUUUCUUCAGACCCAUUUGAGGAUUCUGAAAGUAUAAUUCUUGAAAACACAAAUACUCAAAAACCAGAAUCCACUUUUAAUCUAGAAAAUACCAAAAAGCAAGAAUGGAGAUCUACUACUGCUCCUACCAACAAGGUGACUACUGUAUCUAUGAUUACAGAAUCUGAAAGAAAAAUUACUACUUUUGAGCCACAGGUUAUCCAGCAACCCCGAAGGAGAACAUAUGGAAGAAAGAGAUUUAGGCCAAAUAGGUUCAGGAGACCAAAGCUUAUCCUUCCUACAGCUAUUACUGAAAAGGAAAUACCAAUUAUUCAAAAAAUAUCUAAAACAGAAGCUGCAACUGAAAGUUCAUAUGGUUCCACUUUUGGAGACCAUCAGAAAUCUGGCGGUGAAACACAACAAGCAAAAGAAUCUUUGGAAGUCAGUUAUUCUGUUAUUCCUUUACAAAGGCCCACCAAGGCUCAAGACAAUGAAAUGGCUUCAACUCUUCAACUUUUUACUUCACUACCUAAAACAUCUGUAAUUCCUUUUAAUCGUAUCCAGGAAUCUGAAGGACACCACGUAGUAUCAACACAGGAUUCACCAAUGACAUUUCCUAUGAAACAGCUAGAUUUAUCUCAUCACUCAGAGCAGGUGAGUGAUGAGAUACCUACAGAUGAUGAAUUAUUCAAAGUUUUGGAAGGUAAUAACGUUAGAGCAAAUAAUGAAAUCACAGAGGCAUAUAGAACAAGAACUUCAACUCCUAUACAGAGUUUUACCAGCUCACUGUCACUCUCUGACUUGAGUCCCUCGAUGAUUCCAGAAUAUGCUGAAGAAUCUCUUCCUAUUGCAGAGGAAGUGCAUGUUUCAGAAAGUCCACCAGUGACUGCAGUUGCAACAUCUUUGCCUCAGAGAGAAACAACUUCAUCUCAUUAUAGUACUUUGAGUGAUCACCUUUUCAUACCCACUGAAAUAAAAGAAAUCAUUAAUCCUUGGCAAAGCAGAACAUCAAUAUACCCAUCUUCAAAGGAAAAUACUGCACAGUUUCAUGAUCAUCAUGAUCAAACUGCUGUAUACAGUAGUGAGAAAAAUGAUUCUCCAGUUUUACCAAUUGCAUCUGUACCUUUAGCCACUACUUUUCUUCCGAUCAUCCAGAGAAAUCUUACUUUGUUCAAUCGUUUUUCUACAAAGAAAAAUCACACAUCUGGCACGGCAGCACAUCCAGACAACAACGGACCCACUGUUGACAAUGCUAGAGCAAAAUUUAGCUCAAGACAGAAUGAACUUUUCACUUUCCAUUCUUACCACAACAGAAUAACCACACAACAAAAGCAAGGACAAUUGAAAGAGCCACAUGGUGGCAAAUCAUACAAUAGUCUCAGUCCAAAUAUUCCUAGACAGCAAAUACCUAUUUUUAACCAGCCACAUGCUUUUGUACCGCCAAAACACAUUCCUGUAAGGGGGACCAUAAGAGCUCCUUAUCUCAUGGUACCAAGCCUGUUUCAUCAUUUUGUGACUCAGCAACCCCCCCUUCACUAUACCAACAAACCUGAGAUUACAGCAUAUGCAGCACAAACCACACAGGACAGAAAAAACUCUUCACAGAGAGAGACAUUUCCCACUACAACAGCUGCCCCUUUAUACAGACCAAAGGUGCAUACUCCAAACAGAUAUGGCAAUCAGGGUGAAACCCGAUACACCAUUCAUUCCAGACUUUUUGCCAAUAACUAUCUCCCUGAAGUCAGAGAUAAGUCUGGAAAAACAAUAAAUCAAGCUGUGCCACAGUUUACCAAUCCUAGGAUACCAUUCCUGAUUAACAGAACCAGGGUGUUGCAACACUUAGGAGUAAACUCUAAACCUGUGAUGCCAAACAUGCGCACCCCAUUGAACACCACUGAGAAGAAUGUUCUCCCACCCACCAGGACUAUAACACAAAGUACCCCUCUAAAAGCCAUAGCAAUGCCACCACCUCCCAUUUCAUUGGUUACUGUACCACCAACCACAAUAGUCACUCCUAUAUUCCUGACUCAAAGCACUAGAUCUCAGGCAAUUUCAAGUGUGCCAUCUUCCAGAAACAUCCAGCAUAAUAAUCAAAAUGUAUUGCUUGUGCCUAAAAUGGGAGGCGUUCUACCACUGAAUACCAGCAUCAUGCAGUCUUCACAAUUCAGGGCACAAGGGCAAAGGCCUAAGAUUAUAGUCAAAACGUCAAGCAGUUUAUCCAUCCUUGCUGAAUCAGAUGCCAUUAUCCCAUGCGAUGCUACAGGGGAACCUAAACCAGUAAUUUCCUGGACAAAAAUCUCAACAGGAGCAUUGAUGACAGCCAGUACAAGAAUACAACGUUUUGAAGUCCUGAAAAAUGGUACAUUCAUUAUUCGUAAUGUUCAGCUUCAGGACCGUGGACAGUAUUUGUGCACUGCUCAGAACCUGCAUGGCACUGAUAAAAUGACUGUCUUGCUGACUGUCUUAGCCUACCAACCCAAAAUACUGGGUCCACGUUUCAGAGAUGUGACUGUUUAUUUUGGAGAAAAAGUGGCCAUGGAUUGCCAAGCCAGUGGAAUCCCAAACCCACACAUUUCUUGGAUUUUUCCUGAUCGGAAAAUUUUACAAACUGUGAUCACUACAGAGGGAAGAGUGAUGCUGUAUGAAAACCGAACCUUGUCUCUCAAGGACACUAACUUCUCGGACCGGGGAGUGUACAAGUGCAUAGCCAACAAUGCUGCAGGAGCUGAUAGUAUUGCUGUAAGACUUAACAUAGCUGCUCUGCCACCUAUUAUCCAGCAGGACAAAGUCGAAAACAUUUCCCUCAGUGUGGGGCAAAACAUUAACAUUCACUGUAGUGCCAAGGCAGCUCCUUUGCCUGGCAUCCGCUGGGUGCUUUAUGACGGAACACAGAUCCGAACCUCCCAGUUUGUCCAUGGAAAUCUGUUUGUUUUUCCAAAUGGAACACUAUACAUACGCAACGUUUCACCCAAAGAUAGUGGGAGCUAUGAAUGUAUUGCUGCCAAUAUGGUUGGUGCAGCCAGGAGAACUGUAUGGCUACAAGUCAAAAAGCAGUCUAUGAAUGCUAAGAUCACUGGGACCUCUCCUCAGAGAACAGAUGUGACAUAUGGCAGCGCCCUCCGAUUGGAUUGCAGUGCAUCUGGUGAUCCCUGGCCACGAAUACUCUGGAGACUCCCCUCAAAAAGGAUGGUGGAUUCUCUACAUAGUUUGGACAGCAGAAUCAAGGUAUUUGGAAAUGGAACUUUGGUUGUCCAUUCUAUCACCGACAAAGAUGCAGGAGACUAUUUGUGUGUAGCGCGCAAUAAGAUUGGUGAUGACUAUGUGAUUCUCAAAGUAAAUGUGAUGAUGAAAGCUGCCAAAAUUGAACACAAGAAUGAGAAUAAUCACAAAGUGAUCUACGGAGGAGACCUGAAAGUUGACUGUGUGGCUACAGGCCUACCAAACCCUGAGAUCUCCUGGAGUCUUCCAGAUGGUAGCAUGAUAAACACCUUCAUGCAGUCAGAUGACAGUGGAAUCCGUACCAAGAGAUAUGUGGUGUUCAACAACGGGACACUGUACUUCAACGAUGUGGGGCUGAGAGAAGAGGGAGACUACACCUGCUAUGCUGAGAACCAGAUAGGUAAAGAUGAGAUGAAAGUACGAGUAAAAGUAGUGGCUGAACCUGCCAUAAUCAAGAAUAAAACCUACAGAGUGCUCAACAUACCAUAUGGGGAUGUGGUGUCUGUAGGAUGUGAAGCCAAAGGGGAUCCCACACCAAAAAUAAUCUGGCUGUCUCCAAGCAACAGGCCUAUCCCACUUCUUUCAGAUAAAUACCAGGUGUACAGAGAUGGGACCCUUCUCAUACAGAAAGCCCAAAGAUCUGAUAGUGGCAACUAUACAUGUGUAGCCCGGAACAGUGCUGGAGAGGAUAGGAAAGUUGUCUGGAUUCAUGUCAAUGUUCAGCCUCCCAAAAUCAAUGGGUAUCCCAGCAUGAUCACUUCAGUGAGAGAAAUGGCUCUGAGAGACAGCCGGAAGUUAAUUGACUGUAAAGCCGAGGGUAUCCCCUCUCCAAGGGUCAUGUGGGCUUUCCCAGAAGGGGUCAUCUUGCCUGCCCCCUAUUAUGGGAACAGAAUCACUGUUCAUCGCAAUGGCACACUAGAUAUCCGUGGUGUGAGGCAGACAGAUUCAGUGCAGCUGGUGUGCAUUGGUAGGAAUGAAGGGGGAGAGGCCAGACUGAUUGUCCAGUUUCAGGUUAUGGACCAUGUGGAGAAGCCUACCUUCAGGGAUCCUACCACUGAAAGGAUCACUGCUGCAGCAGGUCACAGCAUCAACUUGAACUGCUCAGUCCAUGGGAACCCUCAACCCAGCACAGCUUGGAUCCUUCCAAAUGGCACUGAACUGCAGAAGGGCAGCCAUUUGCAGAGGUUUUACCACAAGAAGGAUGGCAUCCUGCACAUCAGUGCCCUGUCUGCAACGGAUGCUGGGACUUAUCGCUGUACUGCGCGAAAUCCUGGGGGUUAUGUGGAGAGGAUGGUCUUCCUCAAAGUUGGGCUGAAACCAGAAAUCAGCAAUCAGUAUAACAACCUGGUGAGCAUCAUCAAUGGAGAGACCCUGCAGCUUCACUGCAUCACACAGCCCAGCCAGAGGGCACGCAUCACUUGGACUCUGCCCAAUGGAAUGAAAUUAGACAGUCCCCAAGCUCAUGGGAGAUUUUCCCUGUCAGAAAAUGGCUCUCUUACUGUGCGUGAGGCAUCUGUCUUCGAUCGAGGGACCUACCUAUGCAAGGUGGCAACUGAAUAUGGCUCUUCCCUAAUGAACGUUCCAGUGAUUGUCAUAGCCUAUCCACCCCGGAUCACAAGUGAGCCAGCCCCUGUCAUUUAUGCAAGGCCAGGCAAUACAGUCAAGCUGAAUUGUAUGGCCAUUGGGAUCCCUAAAGCAGAAAUAACAUGGGAACUCCCAGACAAAUCACAUCUGACAGCAGGAGCUCAGUCCCGUUUGUAUGGAAACAAAUUUCUUCACCCUCAAGGUUCAUUAAUCAUACAGCAGGCUACACAAAGAGAUGCAGGCUUCUACAAAUGCACUGCUAAAAAUAUACUAGGCAGUGAUUCAAAAGCAACCUACAUACACAUAUUCUGAAGUUCAAACAAGUGCCCUUGAAUACACACAAAUAUCUAAAGUUCCCACCAAGUAGGCACUGCUAGGGAAAUACAGUUGCCAAAUGAAGCCAGUUGUAUCAUGAAAAUGAGCAGUUGUACCAGAAAUGAAGGUAAGACAUAGUUUAUAUUCAGGAAAUACUAUUCAGGUAAUAAAUCAGAGAUGACCUCUGAACUAUCACUAUCAUGCAAUUGGUUGUCUUGCCAGUUUUCCUUAGAAUCUGAGACUAGAAUUUGUGGAGGAAGGCAGGAGCAUAGGAGUCCAGCAGUAUUUCAGGACAAGUUUGUGUACCUCUAAUAUUUUCAAAUGUUGCCUUUGAAUCUGGUAUGUGUAAACAAAAAAAUCAUCUAGCCAAAAUUAAUGACUGAGAAAUGCCCUAAGUGGUCCCUAACAGUGGCAGGAUUGUCCACUGUCAGCUUUAAGCCAUUCUCUUAUGGCUUCACUAUAUCAAUUUGUCCCAUCUCAUGUGUAAUUUAUAGAAAGAACCACAUCAUGACACAAUGGCAGCACAUAGUGAACUUUUCAGCUCACAUUCUGGGUUAUUGGGUGCCAAAAAUAACUGUGGUAGAUCUUAAAAUGUGGCUGCACAAUGACAAGUCUAGGGAACCUGUGAUUUUCAAGAUGAAAAUUAACCACUAAUUUUAUUACAUCUUCCCAUUGGCUAACCUACAAAGUCUGGUGGUCCAAGUUGGAGUCCAAGAAAUUCUGAAGGGAAAUUGUACUAUAUGGUUAUUUAAGACUGCAAUUUUCAGGAAAAGUAGGGCAAAUAACAAGUGCUUCUAGCAUAAGCCCAGUUCACAAAUUUAAAUAUCAGAUUUACACACCUUGUGGUAUCUUGAGAUGUUGAUUGGAGAGAGGGGAAAUUAGAAUAUGCAAAUGUAUCUUUUUGAAAGCAAAUACAGAAAAAGGAAUUGGUUAAUUUUCCUUGCUUGAGCCAAUUUUGGUGGUAUUUGCAAGUGUGGGAUCUAAAAUUCUCAGCCUUCAGAUUGUCCACAUCCAUUCUUUAAUGCAACAAGCACCUUCAAAUAAACCAAAGUGGUAUUAAAUCCAACACAAGAGCCGAACUUUGAGAAGUUCAUUUUCCCCUGACAUGAAUUAAUAUAGUCAAGCCUCCAUAGCCAAUGAUUGCUAAUUACUUUUUGUCCAUUCUUCUGUUAACUCUCCAAGAUCAACUGUUCACUUUACAAAUUAAAACAAAAAAAGAAAAGAAAAUCCCUGAUCUUAUUCCAGCACAAGUUAGCAAUAAUUACUGUAGCAAUGCAAAUGCCUCACAGCAAGGGAAUCCCUGGCGGACUUCAGUUAUUCUUUCUGUUAUAUAUGUGUGUGUGUUUUCAGACUAUGAGACUGGAAGAAUAACAAUGACCUGUGUCUCAAUGUAUAAAUUAUUGGUCUUUACAAGACUCUGAUUUUUACUGUGUUUUAUAUAACAUUAAGAUCAGUAUAUUGUAUGUUUUAUAAUAAAAAGUAUUUUCCACAGAG